AUGAGCACUGCUCUGCUCAGGGACCUCGAUGCCAGGAUCCCAAACUCUUCAGCAGAGUCCCCCAGGACAUCCCCGUGUCACCCACGGGGCCGGCAGCCAGAGGCUGGGGAGCGAUGGGGUGGCAGGGCUGAGCCGGGUCAGUGCGGGGGCCUGGGCGUCCCUCGGCAAAGCGCCAGCGAGAGGGAGAAGCUGCGGAUGCGGCGGCUGGCACAGGCCCUGCUGCGGCUGCGGCACUACCUGCCACCUACCCUGGCACCCGCCGGGCAGAGCCUGACCAAGAUCGAGACCCUGCGCCUGGCCACUCGCUACAUCGCUCACCUCUCGGCCCUGCUGGGGCUCAGCGAGGAGGUGCUGACCCGGAGGCGGGGGACAUCCCCCCGGCACUGCCCGCUCUGCCCCCAGGGCUUGGGGUGCUGCCAGAGCCCGGCCCCCCGGCUGUGCCCACCAGCCCCGCUGGAUGCUUUGUCCCCCGGCUCUGUGGGCUGGGGGUCACCAACUGUGGCAGGGACCACUCCGGAGCUACAUCCGGCUCCUGAUGUGGGGACAGGAUCCUGGGCGUUCCCCUCCUGUGUUCCUGCUGCAGGGAACCCCCAAGAGGUGCUCGGGGUCCCUGACAUUGGGAUGGAGACUUGGGGGUCCCCCCACUACAUCCCUAUGACAGAGACCUCCCUGGAGCUGCACCAUCUGCCCAGCUCCAUCUCAGGGUCCUGGGCAUCACCACUACACCUCAGAGCAGUGACGCCCCCGGCUCCCCCCGAGAGAGGCAUCAUGGCCAUGGGCACUUGGACGACUUCAUCCUGCUGCUUGCAGCCUGCAGCGCCCUCGGAGUCCCCCCAGGCAGAGCUGACGGACACCGGACCCCCUCGGACCCCUGCAUGUGGCUCCCGCUUACCUGGACCCCACCAGCUGCACCCCGGCACGGCACUGGGGGGGCUCAAGCUGAUCUCACAGCCCCAGUCGCAGAACGUUGUGAAGUGA